UUGAACUGACUGAGCAUGCUCAGUGGAGACCCUUUCAAGGAGGAGGAGGAGGAGGAGGAGGAGGAGGAGAACCGACAGAGGGAGCCAACAGGUCACAUGACCGGAGAGGUGAAUGCACAUGCGGGGAAAGAAAAGAAAAACGGGAGCCGUCUCUUCAGCAGGUUUUCGCGCUCUCCCUCUCUCUGCGUCCUCCCCACCAUUCCUCUUCCUCUCCUCCACCUCCUCCUCCUCCUCCUCCCCCACUCCCUCUCUGACGCCUUCUUCUUCUCAGUGGAGGCCAUGAGAAGAAAGCAGCCCGCUGGUUUAGCCGUGGAUAACGCUGCGCCUCCAAAGAAGGAGGGACUGGAUCCACCGAGCUGUAGAGAGGAGAAGUCAGAUAAGGACAAAGACGUGGUACUGGGACGUGCCUCUCCCCCCGCAGCGGAGGCCAUGCUUAACGGCACGGAAAGUGACGACGGGAGGCACACGGACCUGACAAUAAGCAGCAGUAAGACUGUGCCGUUGGUGAAUGAGAAUGGCACGACCGGGAUGGAGACGCCGCACGCGUCUGUGACUGGAAGCAAUGGGUUCAUUCUCGCCAAGGAGCAGCAGCAGCAGCAGGAGGACGGCGACGCUGCAGGAGUUUCCCCUCUCAGGACUAACAGGCUGCCUUCGGGCUCGCCGGCGGGGGGGCAGGCAGCCAAAACGCUCGUCGCCCCGGCAUCAGGGUGUGUGCAGAGUUCAGGUGCUUUAAGGACUGCCCCCAGCACGGGGAACAUGUUGGAUCAGGGGACGUCUGACUCUAAAAAUGGCCUUGAUUCAAGUCCUGUCACAAUUCCACCACCUGUUACUGUACACAGAGCGCGGAAGACCAUGUCCAGGCCUGCAGUGAGCCCCGCACAGAAGCUUAUUAACAGGGAGUUGAGAGAAUCCAGCGGUGCCAAACUGGACUCUCCAGCCGCGCCGGACGUGCAGAAAUCCUCUCAGCCGCCUCCCGCGCCGAACCAUCUACCUCAGAGUCCGCCAGAAACGCCAGCUUUAGCACACACUGAUUCGUCAGCUUCACCAGCAGCUCGGACAGAGCCUGCGGCUGCUUCAGCUUCUCCAGCUCCUGCCAAGCUCCACCUAGGACCCUUCUCAGUAGGCUUCUCGUCCCGGAAAAAGAAGAGGAGAAUGGGAACAUACAGCCUGGUUCCCAAGAAGAAAACCAAAGUGCUAAAGCAGAGAACCGUGCUAGAAAUGUUUAAGGAGCUGCAAGAGUCAGCAAAGACCCAACAGAAAAGGGAGGCGGCUAACAUAAACGGGGAGAAGGUGGGGAAUGCGUCCGAGGAAGACGAGUCGGAGGACAUGGAGUCUGAAGAGGAGCUGCGACGGCAGCCUGCAGAGACGGCCGUACUUCCAGCUGCUAAAGAAACCUCCGACUCUACUGAUCAGGUGAAAGAUGAACACGAGUCUGAAGAAUCCGACGAAGAAGAAGAAGAAGAAGAAGGAGGAGAGGAGGAGGGCACCGAGUCUGAUUUGAGCUUCGAGUCCAGCCUGAAGAAGAAGCUGAAGAAGAAAUCAAAAGCAGACAGCGCGUGGCUCAGACCGUCCAGGAAGAGGAAAAGAAGGACGGCCCCCAAAGAAGCAGAGACGGAUGUUCUGCCCCAGACCUCCGGUCAGGAGUACACUCAGAUCCUCUCGUUGGAGGGCGUCGACCUCAGCAAGUCUUCACACAGCAAAGAGCCAUCAGGGUCAGCGAUCGAGGAGGCUCAGGAGCUUCCGCUCUGCAGCUGCCGCAUGGAGACCCCAAAGAGCCGGGAGAUUCUCAUCCUGGCGGACAGGAAGUGCAUGGCCACGGAGAGCGUGGACGGCCAGCUGACCCGCUGCCAGAGCGCCGUCCUGAAGCACGAGAUGAUGCGUCCCUCCAACUCCGUGCAGCUGCUGGUUCUGUGCGAGGACCACCGCAACGGCAUGGUGAAGCACCAGUGCUGUCCCGGCUGCGGCUUCUUCUGCAGAGCGGGGACUUUCAUGGAGUGCCAGCCGGACGUCAGCAUCUCUCACCGCUUCCACCAAGCGUGCGCGUCGGUGCUGAAAGGCCAAAGCUUCUGUCCGCACUGCGGAGAGGAGGCCGGCAAGGCCAAGGAAGUCACCAUCGCCAAGGCGGACACCACCUCCACUGUUCCUCCGGCGCAGGCCAAGGGGCCCGCCGCCCUGGGGGCCCCCGAGGGCCGAGCAGACACAACCACCGGCAGCUCUUCUGCUUCGGCUCCAGCGGCUGAAGUCAGCGGCAGAGCCGACAGCUCGCUCUCCGCACAUCCCGCUCAGGACCUCAGCGACCCGGCCGUCCCGGAGUCAUCCAGGCAGGGGCCUUUGCAGCCUGGACCUGGAGCAGUAACACCGCCUACACUCCCCUUUGGAUCGGCAAAAGAGACUCUGGAGAGUGUCCUGGUCGCCCUCGAUGCAGAGAAGCCCAAGAAGCUGCGAUUUCACCCCAAACAGCUUUACCUGUCGGCCAAACAGGGAGAACUGAAGAAGGUGGUGCUCAUGCUGGUGGAGGGUACCGACCCAAACUUCAAGAUGGACUCCCAGAACAAACGCACGCCGCUGCACGCCGCCGCCGAGGGAGGCUACGCCGACGUCUGCCACAUGCUGGUUCAGGCCGGAGCAAACCUGGACGUGUGCGACGAGGAUCAGAGGACGCCGCUGAUGGAGGCCUGCGAGAACAACCACAUGGAGGUGGUGCUGUAUCUGCUGAGGGCUGGAGCCAGCGCCAUGCACAAGGACGUUGAGGGGUUCACGUGUCUCCACCUAGCGGCGAAGUCUGGUCAUUACAACGUUGUGGAGCACCUUCUGUCCACAGGACUGAUCGAUAUAAACUGUCAGGACGACGGUGGCUGGACAGCCAUGAUCUGGGCCACAGAGUACAAACACGCAGACCAGGUGAAGCUGCUCCUGUCCAAGGGAGCUGACAUCAGCAUCAGGGAUAAGGAGAAAAACAUUUGCCUUCACUGGGCGGCGUUUUCCGGCAGCGUGGAGAUCUCCGAGCUGCUCCUGAACGCCCACUGUGAUCUUCACGCCAUCAACGUCCACGGAGACUCUCCUCUGCACAUCGCCGCUCGGGAAAACCGCCUGGAUUGUGUCAAACUGUUCUUGUCUCGAGGAGCUAAUGUGUUUCUGAAGAACCGGGAGGGAGAAACUCCCCCAGACUGCUGCAGCCACAACUCCAAGGCCUGGGGCGCCCUGCAGGCCAACAAGAGAGAGAGGGACGCCAAAAACGGCCGGCUCAGGCGGACCGAAGAGAAGCUGCUUCACAGUGACAUAUCUUUAGGCCAGGAGCAAGUCUCCAUUCCUUGUGUCAACUCCGUGGACGGCGAACCCGUCCCAGACGACUACAAAUACAUCACAGAAAACUGCGUCACCUCCCCACUGAACAUCGACCGAAACAUAACACACCUACAGUACUGUGUCUGUAAGGAGGACUGUUCGACAAGCAUCUGCAUGUGCGGACAGCUCAGUCUGCGCCGCUGGUACGACAAGCGCGGCUGCCUUCUGCCCGAGUUCUGUCGCGAGGAGCCUCCUCUCAUCUUUGAGUGCAACCACGCGUGCUCCUGCUGGAGGACCUGCAAGAACCGCGUCGUUCAAAACGGACUCAGGACCAGACUCCAGGUGUUCAGAACCAGUAAAAAAGGCUGGGGCGUCCGGGCUCUGCAGGACAUAGCGCAGGGCAGCUUCGUUUGCGAGUAUGUUGGUGAGAUCAUUUCAGAAGCUGAAGCAGAUAUGAGACAAAACGACGCUUACCUCUUCAGCCUGGACGACAAGCCUGAAGAUCCGUACUGCAUCGAUGCCCGUUUUUAUGGAAACAUCAGCCGCUUCCUGAACCACAUGUGCGAGCCCAACCUGUUCGCUUGUCGGGUCUUCACGACACACCAGGACCUGCGGUUCCCACACAUUGCCUUCUUUGCCAGUGAGAACAUCAAAGCCGGAGAGGAGCUCGGGUUCAACUACGGCGACCACUUCUGGGAAAUCAAGAGCAACGUGUUCAGCUGCGAAUGUGGCUCCUCUAAGUGUAAGUACUCCACGGCGUCGCUGCAGGCCGACAGCACGCCUGAGGACCAGCAGCAGCCCAGCGCCUUGCCCGACACCAGCUCCUCCAGCGGCGCCUCCUAAACACCACUUUGGUUUGGCGGGAGACGAGGACACCCCCCCCCCCACCUCCACCUCCACCCCCCUCCACGGCUCAUUUUGAACUUCUCUGAUGAAAAAUCGUACUUUUAUCUCCACUUUCCAUCGUGACCAAGGACCAUUCUUCUUAAAACUGUAAAACUUUCUGAUCCAGAUGCACAAUCGAACCCUGGAACUGCUUCUUUACUUUGUCGUGUGUCAUGUGAAACAGAUGAGGGACACGUGGGACAAUAAAAACUCUUGUGUGUUGCAUCCAUACCUUUGCCGGGCAGGAAAACUGUCUUUUGCUUUGGUUUUUAAAACAAAAAGAAAUGGUUAGUCAGGAUUGUUAUGACCGAGGAACCUGGGGACUUUGUUUUGUUUCUUUUUGCCUCUCCACACGGAGGCGAUGCGGCCAUGAUCCAUUCCAGCUACAGUCAGCCGUUAUUACUGAAGAUUUUUGCCACUUUCAUUGUAAUUUCUUAAUUCUCGUCACGUUGGAACGGAUGAAAAGCUGAUAAAGGGUUUACAAGAUACAACGUGAGCUCUGAUUGGCAGGAAGAUGAACCGUUUCUCUGAGAAAGAGUCCCAAUAUUUGCCACAGCAGUCGAGGAAUCAGUUAAGGAAAAUAAAAAAAAACAUACAGCAACAUGGUGCUGACAGGUUUUUACCCUUGUUCUCAUUUUUAUUAUCCAAGUGAACAUAGUUUGUAAAAUAAGAGAAUGUUUUUACUUUUUUUAUGUUUAAUUUUAUCCCGUUUUCUAAUCAUAGUCAGAUUUUAAUUUACAAUCCAUCAUUUUUUUUGUGCUCAGAAAAGUCAAAACGUUAACAGUUUCUCGAAAAGCUGUUGACUGUUGUGCGAAGUCUUGAAAAGUUGAAAGAAAUUUUGGGGGGGAAAAAGUGGGAAGAAAUUGCACUUCCAUUAACCUCUGUUACAUAUUUCUGGUCUAUGAACCAUCCGUCUGAUUGGUUGUAUCUUUUUCAAUAAAUUUAUUAUUAAUGCAU